UAAGUCCCACAACUAAAGCCGUCGUCGUUUUGGUCCUUUAAGAACAGGUCAAAUUUUUUUCGAAGCCAGUCGCUUUAAAUUGGUGCUAGGGUUUCUGCAACACUAAAGGGGUUUUAGUACAAGCGGCUCACCAUCUUCGGCAGCCAUGGUUCUCAAGACUGAACUUUGCCGCUUCAGUGGUGCUAAGAUAUACCCUGGUAAGGGUAUCAGAUUUGUCCGGUCUGAUUCUCAGGUUUUCCUCUUUGCCAAUUCAAAAUGCAAAAGGUAUUUCCACAACCGCUUGAAGCCAUCGAAGCUUACAUGGACAGCCAUGUACAGGAAACAACAUAAGAAGGACAUUGCUGCUGAGGCUGUGAAGAAGAAGCGUCGUGCUGCCAAGAAGCCUUAUUCCAGGUCUAUUGUUGGUGCCACCUUGGAAGUCAUACAAAAGAAACGAGCUGAGAAGCCAGAAGUCAGAGAUGCUGCACGCGAAGCUGCUCUCCGUGAGAUCAAAGAGAGGAUUAAGAAAACCAAGGAUGAGAAGAAGGCGAAGAAAGCAGAGCUGACAGCCAAGACACAGAAGACGCAAAGCAAGGGUAAUGUUCCCAAGGGGGCUGCACCAAAGGGCCCCAAGUUAGGAGGUGGUGGUGGAAAGCGUUGAACUCCUUUUACAUCUUAUUUCUCUAUGUGGCAGUAUGAAAACCAUUAGAAGUGUCCAUCUUUCUAAAUUUUUAUGUAUGGAGUGUAUUGCUUUGUUGCAAAGCUUCUUUUGGAAUUCUUCACAUUACAUUUUGUUUGAAGAAGUGCGGUUAUGUAUCGUUUUUACGUUUA